GAAAUAUAAGUAAACAUUAUGGCAUCUACUUGACGAGACAAGGAGAACAUGUUUAGCAUGGGAUCAAAGCUAUUUGACCAUUCUUUAUAAACGUGACAUUACUGGUGAGAGAUCUUUUGAUAAUGACGUGAAAAUCUUCCCGACGUGAAAAUCUUCUUUUUACGACAUCAGUGGGAUGAAAGAAGCUCCAGUACAAUUCUGUUUGGCUAUUUGUGAUCAAGAAAGGUUGGAAACAUGUAGAAGUCCUAAAUAUUCUUUCCUUUGAGAUUUUUAGUACAGAUGUCUACAAGAUUUGUUAAAAAUCCUAGAAUAUUUUGACUAGAAAAAAUACCAUUAAACUGUAUUAAAGCGGUUAAAGAUUAGUUUCUCUUUGACUUGUCAUGUGAUUAUAGUAGCAAGCAUUGUCACUGUCUAUAUAUACCCACUGAUCUUGUUGUGGCUACUCACCUUAUCAAACUAUCUUCUUCUUGGUUCUUCAUCAUCUACUCUACACAUUUCUUCUCUUCAAAAACUUAUUAGUCUUAACUCUUAAGAAACAGAAAGUAGAAAUGGAAGGUAAAGGGAAAGUCGGAUCAUCAUCUUCUUCUUCCUUCACUAAUCAGCUCUUUGGCCCCAAGGAACCUUCUUCCUCCUCCAACUUCAGCUCCAUUUUCCCUCCUCCCUCCAAGGGAACAACAGGAAACAUGAUCUUAAGCUCCAAACAUGGGUCUCUAGGCCAAUGCCAAGAAUCUGCAACCUGCAAUCUAAGUUCGUCUCUUUACUACGGUGGUCAAGACGUUUAUUCUGGAUCAACAAGAAACAAUACUUACCAUACCGUUAACAAGGCUCAGUCCGGAGGAAACAAUGAGGCUAGUGGAAACAACUCGAUGGACGCAUCUAGAGGAAACUGGUGGAAAGGUUCACUCUAUUACUAGAAUCUUGUUUACAAAGUAUCAAGAAAAUCUACUGGAAACAAAAUGAUAAGCUAGUAGAUGCGUUUACAAAACCGUUACCAAAAACACUUGAGCUACCAUUAAAUCAAGUUAUUUGAGUGGCGAAUCCUUGCUUUCUGCAAUUAUGGGUACGGUUCUUAUUGUGGUUGAUUUUAUAACAUGACUGAAAGUCUCAAAAAAAUCAACCUCGUAUUGUUAAUUUUCAUCACGUGCCACAAGUCGUGCUUUGUAAAUGUCAAGUGUAUCAUCAAAUAACAAUUUAGUAGUUAAUAUCAGUGACAGACCACCACAUUCUGAUUCGGUGAAGGAUGAACCAAAUCUCAUGUUUUGUUUUACAUUUUAGCUUUAAAUUCCUCUGAACAUGCAUUUUUCAUCUUGCAUCUCGCAAGGCUUGAUUUAUGGUUGUUGGUUCUGGUUUAUGGAUAUUGUGUGGUUCUGACUUUUAUUGUUGUUUUGUUUCUUUUGAAAGGCUAAAGACGAUGAAAUUGUUUGUUGGGUUGUAUUGGUAUUUGUUUGGAAUUUGUUUUGGGUCGCUGGUAUAAUUGAAAUGGCUUGAUUGGGUCAGUAUUAGAUAAUAAAGAAAUAUGGUUUAGAGGAAUAGCACAUGGGUUAUUGUUUGUCGGUAGUAGUGGUGGUCAUAUCUUUGAACUCUUUCUCAUUAUUUGUGUUUAUGUCGUCACCGGAUGCGUCAACAUGUGAAGAACUUAUCUCAGGGGCACCGUGGAUUGAGGUACUGACAGAGACUGAGCUUUAUGAGGAUGAGGUGCGACAGUCAUAUUUCAUGAUGUUUUUUUUUCAGAGUUUAAAAUCUGUGAAGAUUAAGUUGUAUUUUUCAGAAAAAAGAGUCUGGUUUCGUCAAACUAAACAUGUCAUGAGACAUAUAGUUGGUUUGCAACACUAUCCAUGCGUAGGUAGGCACUUUUAAUAAGUGAAUAUCCAAGAAACACACUUGGGACGCA